AUGGCUCCAGCCAUUCGCAUCAUUGCCGCUCUUGGCGAAGGAUGUUUUGGCGUUGUUUUCGAGGCGCAAAUCGCCGGGGCAGAGUAUGCUAUCAAGAUGUUCAGGCACAAUGAACAAAAGGCUCUUGAAAACGAAUGCCGUGCCUACCAUGCCAUCUCCAUGGUACCGUCGCUUCGUAGUCGGAUCUGUCGACUCGAAGGUCUCGUAGACGACCUACCUAACCACUACAACUACCAACUCCUACCAGCUCUCCAACUGCAACGUCUUUACGGUGAUAAUCUUGCAAUGGUCAUCACCAAACUUUCAAAGCCUAAGCGGAAUGAACUUCGAGACCACCUCCACCACACGCUUGACAUACUCCACAAUAAUGCCGAGCUUGCCCACGGAGACAUCAGGCCAAACAACGUUAUUCUAGAGGGCAAUUUCCCUAUACUCAUUGACCUCAGUAACGCUGUAUUCAAGUCUGAGCUCAAUGACAAACUUUGGUACUCGGAGACUUGCAACGACCGUGACUCACUCAAUGAGAUGUUUGACCGCGUUGAUUCAUCUGAGGCAACCACCAUGAUUACCAAGAGACUUGGAAACCUUGGCCCAGAUGUUCCCAGCCGAGACGUUCAACAUGUCCUUGCCGGUCUACUAAUUCCAUCGCCUAUCCCAGCCCUUUCCCUCCACAUGGCAACUCAUCUGGCGAGCAAGGGUCAGCGCCACGACGCCUUCGGCCUUCUCAUGCAGACGAUAGAUCAUGAAGAACGCUAUCCGACUCCUGACCUCUCUGACGUAUCAUCUACGAUGUGUCUCAUGAAACAAAAAGCCGCGUACCUUGCAGAAGAUCAUCAUGCCGUGUCCGGCGAGACCAUUGGGCCAGGCGCCCUUCAGCUGUAUAGAGACGCCAUCGAGACAUCCUACUUACACCGUGACUCAUCUGACUUUGACCUUCUGAAUCUAAGAUUGGACUACGCUCGCUUCCUGCGUUAUCAUGCUUCACCCGAAGAUGCUUUCCGGGAAUUCUGCGAUAUAUUCAACGCAAUGGAUGAGAGUAUGGGCCAUGCUUAUUUGGCAGCUUGGCUAGCAAAUACACUCAAGAAUGAGGUCAUUUAUGAGCUACAGGACGAGGAAAUGAUAUCUCGCGCAGAGGACCUGUGGUCUAAGGCUCAAGCACUAGCCGGGGGUAUCUCUUAA